AUGUGCUUCUACCAGCCAAACCCCGUAGGCUGCAAAUGCACCUUCUUCCAGCUCGUCCAACCCUGCGCAUUCGCAAGGUUUCUUCCGCCGCCCCAUCCAGCACAAAACCCCAACCCGCUUAUCGUUCCCUGCACGAGAAAAGACAUUGCACAGGGUGUUGGCGUACGCAUUUGCACCCACUGUCAGGCUUGGUAUGGCGGCAUGGCUGCACCUAUGGCGGCACCGACGGUGGUGCCGAUGAGCAACGGCAUGGAAACGGGAAUAUACGAUUCGGAUUCGGAGAGGGAUACGAUGUAUAGGAACCCGAUGAUUGAGUGGAUGGAGAGGUACGACUGUGGGUAUGAAAGCGAGAAUACAAGUUCUGGCACUGCUGGGACGGUGAAUGGGACUGUCUCUGGCUCGGAGUCGGUAGAGGGACAGAGACCCUCGACAAGUUUAACACUACCCGAUCCGUCGCCAGUGGAGACGUCUUUUCAGGAUUCUUCGCGACUACCUGUGACUGAAUAUACAGAGGAAGAAACUAUUCUUGGUGAGAGCACCGAGUGGUUUGGAAUCGGGGGGAGUUAUUUGGCAACGGGGGAUCAGACGCAGGGAGAAGAUCAGGAUCAGGCUCAGGGGUGCAUUCAUGCCAUUGCUGACGAGGUCGGGGUUGAUUUUGCCGCUGUUGAGGAAUGGAGAGAAGUUACUUUGGAGGAGAGAGCAGGCACGGAGGCUACGUUAGAAGAAGAAAGUGAGGGAAACAAUGCGAUUGGGAAGGUAGAGGACGACGAGGAAGAGGGGGACGACGCAGAUGCUGAGCCCCUGAGACUGCCCAUUAUUCUGAAGGCGGACAAUAAGGAUAAUGUAAAGACCGGAGAUGAUCUUUAA